AUGGUAACUACUACCUAUGUCCCUCCUCAUCGCCCUCUCACAGCAGCAGCUCGCUCAAACGGCGUCCUGCACUCAGUCUUCUUCCUCUUUGCCACACUGCAGGUAUACUAUCAUCUCCUCUUUGCCUCCCUCCCUCUUUGCAUCACUGCAGGUGUGUGCUUGCUGCAGCUUGCAAGCGUGCACUCCCUCCCUCAUAAUCUCCCUCAACCCUAUACCGAACUGACUGGCUCUGCUCUUGCUCCCCUUCCUCUUCCUCCCUGCCUCCGCCUCUCCUUCAACCAGCAGUUCGCUCAUCCAACCUCUGUUGCAGUGGCUGUUCAGUGCUGUCAGGCCGCAAGGGCAGCAGGGCCCCUCGUUCUCCCUCUCCUGCCAUUCCAGCUGCUGCAGCGGUUGAUCAAUGCUGUCAAGAAGCAAGGGAGUGAACCGAGAGAGCAGCACCCCCCUCACAAGUCAGCUGAGAAAAGGGCGGACAGAAGAGUGGCAGCAACGGAACGGGCAGCAGACCCAAUCGGGCCGCUUCUGGAAAGGAAGCGGCAACUGUGCCGCAAGAGGCUCCUACCCAUCCUCCUCUCCACCGCCCUCUGCUGCCUCCUCUCCUUCUCCCUCCUCCUCUCCUUCCAAUUCUUCCCGUUCACUCAGUUCUGCCGCCCUGCUGCUAGCACCAGAACGUCCCCGGCCAAUGAAAUGCCUCACGACAUCCCCCCCUGGUGCCUGGACUCCGUGGCUACUCGCUUCCUCUCCUCCUCACCUCCUCUCUACUGGUUCCUGGCCCAUCUCCUCACAUCAGCAAUUACCAUGCACUCUCAGACUGUGGCAACUCGCUUCCUCUCCUCCCCACCUCCUCUCUACUGGUUCCUGGCGCAUCUCCUCACAUCGGGACAUUCCAAGCAGUCUCAAUCCAAACCCCCAUCCCCCUCACCCCGCAAAUAUCUUCCUUUUGAUCUACAGGUAGCAACUCGCUUCCUCUCCUCCUCACCUCCUCUCUACUGGCUCCUGGCCCAUCUCCUCACAUCGGGUGGCAACUCGCUUCCUCUCCUCCUCACCUCCUCUCUACUGGUUCCUGGCCCAUCUCCUCACAUCGGCAAAUACCAAGCUCUCUAA